AUGGAAGAAAAGGAAAUUAACGCGGCUGGUGUUCUGGUGUCUCAUGAGCAGGUUCCCGUGAGCGAGGGAUCAGGCUCGACGACGACAAACACUCCGGGUGCCAAGGCCAAAGUAGUGCACAACGCCGAACUCUACGCGGCGAUCCAAGAGACUAAAAUCGAUUAUAAGAGCAAAUAUUCGAUACACCUUUACUUCUCCAUUUGCAUCGCGUUCUGUUGCGCUUGCGCCAAUGGAUACGAUGGAUCACUCCUUACUGGUAUCGUCGCCAUGGAACAUUUCCAGAACACAUUCCAUAGCGGCAAAACUGGCACUCUAGUUGCACUUAUGUUCUCUCUCUACACUGUUGGUGCGAUGGUCGGCGCUCCAUUCGCUGCCGUCCUCUCUGAUAAAUAUGGUCGCAAGAUUGGCAUGUUCAGCGGUGCCGUUAUCAUUAUCGUCGGAAUGAUUAUUGUUGCCACCGCUUCUACGAUCGCGCAAUUUGUCGUCGGUCGUUUUGUUCUAGGAUUCGGCAUUUCCGUCAUGACUGUUGCCGCACCAGCUUAUGCUGUUGAGGUAGCGCCUCCUCACUGGCGAGGUCGGGCUACUGGUUUCUAUAACUGCGGUUGGUUUGGGGGCGCCAUUCCUGCAGCUGCGGUCGUAUACGGAUGUAACAAGAUUGACAACAACUACUCUUGGAGGAUCCCAUUGAUCAUUCAGGCGCUUGCUUGUGUGGUUGUUCUAUUUGGUGUCUGGUUCAUCCCCGAAUCACCUCGAUUUCUCAUGGCCAACGGCCGUGAGGAAGAGGCUAUUAACUUCUUGGCGAGGUACCAUGGGAAUGGUGACCGUAACUCCAAACUUGUGCAGCUUGAAGUUGAGGAAAUGAGGGAAGGUAUUCGCCAGGAUGGCAUUGACAAGAGACCCUUGGACUACCGCCCUUUUAUUUUCAGCCAUAGUGGACGAUGGCGAAUCGCUCAAGUGCUGAUGAUUUCUAUUUUCGGUCAAUUUUCUGGUAAUGGAUUAGGUUACUUCAACACCACUAUCUUCGAGAUCAUUGGCGUCACAUCCGUUGAGCUGCAGCUGGCCUAUAACCUUCUCAACUCUGUGCUAUCUGCCAUCGGGGCCUUGACUGCUGUGGCUCUAACAGAUACUAUGCCCCGUCGAAAGGUGUUGGUAUUCGGAACACUCGCCUGCGCUGCAGCAUUAGCUACUAACUCCGGUCUUUCCGCCACCUUAGACGCUCAAGGGGAGAAUAUACAAGAGUCUUACGCCAAGGGUGCAUUGGCGUCUUACUUCCUUUUUAAUAUCAUAUUCUCCUUCACUUAUACACCUCUCCAGGGUGUUAUUCCCACUGAAGCGUUGGAGACUACCACCAGAGCUAAAGGUCUUGCUUGUUCCAGCGUUCUCGUAUAUGCCAUGGGAUUCAUAAACCAGUUUGCUGGACCUAUUGCUUUGGGGAAUAUUCAAUACAAGUAUAUCUACGUGUUUGUCGGAUGGGACGUUGUUGAAGCGAUACUCUGGUAUUUCUUUGGUGUUGAAUCACAAGGCCGAACUCUCGAACAGCUCGAAUGGGUUUACAACCAGCCCAAUCCUGUCAAAGCGUCACUCCAUGUUGACAAGGUUAUCAUACAGGAAGAUGGCAAGGUGGCUGAGAAGGUGGUUACGAGUAAUGCAUGA